AUGGAUGUACGGUGCGGUCGACGAGCUCCUACAGGCGCUUCACGGCGACGGCCAAGCCAGCCGCUUCCCAGCGACAGCCUCGCCGACCCCUUCCGGCCACGGGCUCUACCCGUCGAGGACAUCACCAUCGACGCCGACGACAUGGAGGAGGCGGACCCGGGCGACCGCUCCGGGCCCCGUCGGCCCUCUACCAAGGGGAUGCCACCAUUGGCGUCCCAGCACACCAGCCCCAGCGGGCCACGACCACUCCCUCGGGAAGUCGCCCACCACCGCGGCGAUGACGAGGAAGGGGUGAACGCGGAUGACCACGCCGAACUACGGCCAUCAUCUGCAAGGGGAAUGCCGCCCCUAGUGCCCAGGCACAUCGGCCCCAUUGGGCCACAACGACUCCCUCCAGAAGUCGCCCACCGUGGCGACCGUGGCUGGAUCUUCGCCGCUACAAGGCCGGGCCCCAGCCACCACCAGUCGCAGCCGAUCUCCUCCGCCCGCGUACGAGGAGAUAUUUGGCCCAGGUCUCUACGCCGGCCCUCACGCUACCGCCCGAUGCGCCGCAGAACCCCAAGACGCGAUCCUCGACCACGCCUGCCCACCAUCGCGGAACUGGCCGCAGAGGAGGCGCGCCGAAGAGCGGAGGACCUCAGCGAGGAACUCGGCAACCCACCGGUUGCCCAACCGCCAACGAAUGGCCCACCAUCACCGACCCCGCGCCGCCGAGCACGGCGCCGGAGCGCACCAUGGGCAGACAGCCCGCCCAGCUUAUCCGACGAAUCGUCGUUGGACACCGACGAGGGAGCCCCCAAUCCUCCCCGCUGGGUGCCUGCCCCAGCGGAGUGGACUACACCGAACGGCACGCUGCCGGCAGCCCUGAUUCGCCGGAUACAAGGACGCCUGGCGGUACCGAGACGACGGACGAUCCGAAUUCUGGAGGAGGAAGGGAACCAGCGUUCCCGAGUCCAGGUGAACCGGAGCGGAAGGGUUAUCGUCACUCUCCAGCCCUCCCGAAGAUAG